CCUCGAGGAAGCGUCCGGAGUUAGUGCAGGGGCCUUCGUGGGCCAGCGGCUCGGGUCAUUCUAACGCGGGUCCCCUGGGGACCGCAGGGCGGAGGCUGCGCUCGGGACAGGAGCAGUUAUUCCCGACAUGCUCCUCCCGGGGGGGAUUUCAAAACCUUGGAAACAACCACCUCCCCCACCUCGCCCCCCGCCGGGCCCAGCAACAGGCGGUGAGGCGCUUCUCAUUGGCCAGGCCCAGCGCCGUCGUGUUUUGAUUGGCCGCAGACCUCCCGGCCCUGCUUCCGCGCUCGCUACUGCUUCCAUUUUGUCGGUAGAGGCUGGAGGAGGAGGUCGGGAAGGAGGUAUCGGGUGGUCAGCAGCCAGCUCCUCGCUACUUGUGGGCCUCGUUCGAUCCGUGCCUCGUUUCUCCCUGGAAAGGGAGGGAGGCUUCGACAUUGAGAGGAAGCCGCCGCCUCCGUAGUCCGAGCCUGGAGUCGCUAGGGCUUCUCUCAAACUUGUGUGCUGAGGAGACUCAGAUGUUGGCCUCAGCUCCUAGGCUGAACUCAGCAGAUCAGCCCAUGAAAACUUCUGUAUUGAGACAAAGGAAAGGAUCCUUCAGAAAGCAACACCUAUUAUCCUGGGCUUGGCAGCAAGGAAGAGGACAGGUAGUGGAAAUCCUACAAUCGGGAAAGCAGACUGAAAGGUGACAAAGAAGCUGAAGAUGGGUGGUGGAGAAAGGUAUAACAUUCCAGCCCCUCAAUCUAGAAAUGUUAGUAAGAACCAACAACAGAUUAAUAGACAGAAGACCAAGGAUCAGAAUUCUCAGAUGAAGAUUGUUCAUAAGAAAAAAGAAAGAGGACAUGGUUAUAACUCAUCAGCAGCUGCAUGGCAAGCCAUGCAAAAUGGGGGGAAGAACAAAAAUUUUCCAAAUAAUCAAAACUGGAACUCAAGCUUUUCAAGUCCCAGCUUACUUUUUAAAUCUCAAGCUAAUCAAAACUAUGCUGGAGCCAAAUUUAGUGAGCCACCAUCACCAAGUGUUCUUCCCAAACCUCCAAGCCACUGGGUUCCUGUUUCCUUCAAUCCUUCAGAUAAGGAAAUAAUGACAUUUCAACUUAAAACCUUACUUAAAGUACAAGUAUAAAAUAAGAUAAAGUACUGUUGCUUAUGGAUAUAGUCAACUGGUCUGAAACAGAUUGAGUAGGGAAUCCUUUUGUGUAGAACUAAUUAUAAGUGAAAAGUAUAUUUAGACUUCAUCUCAUUUGCUCUACGUGUUGUGCGCACUGUGAUGUAAUAGUAUCAGUGCAGCUUAAAGAAAUUAAUGAUUGUAUUUGGUAAUAUUCUCAACUGAGUAUCUUAUAAGUGAAACUAUUCAAGUUUAGAUUUGGGGAAUGGUAAAGCAAUCAGCUUUUUCUAUUGUUGGGGGAAAAACAGUAAUUUAAGAUUAUCAUUCAUGGGUCUCAGUAGAUUUAUGUGUUGAGUUAGCGACUAAGAUGAUAAGCAUCUAGCUGUAAGACAGAGAUUGAAAACUAGUUGAACAUUUCAAAGUUAAAUAUACUAGAAACAGCCACACCAGUAAUAAAAUCUGAUGCACUGCCAAAAGAAAAUGUGAAUUUUUCUUAAUAGUUGCAUUUUACUAAAUUGUACAGUGGUGAAUGUGGAAAGGAUACUUGAGGUUUAUUAGAAUAAGGCACAGUAUACCUCAGUGGCCCUAAUUUUUAAUGCAAAUGGUGAGGUGUCUACCAACAAAUGCACCAAAACAAAUUUUUUUAUAGAAGCAGUGUUUAAUGGUAGCUUUUAAAAUACAUUUUUGUAUUAGAGCACUGCAUAUGCUAUUCAGACAGUGAUCUGGCCUUGUCAUCCCUGUAAUGCCUCCGUAAAGUGGGGAGUUGUAUAAUGUGAAAGUUUUAAGUACCUAGGGAAGAAAAGAGCCAUGUAAAUACAUGUAAUAAACUUACAGCAUAUGUAAAGUUUUCUUAGCCUUUAUCCUACAAAAAUAGAAUUAUUUUAGUAUGAAUUUGCUAAAUAUAAGACCAUGGACUGUUUUUAUACUAUGGCCUGAUUUUAAAGGUCCAAAGUAAUUUGUUUUUAAAGUUUACCUUUGUGCUGAAGUGCCAGUGUGUAUGUUGAUUGAUUUGGUUGUGAGCUAUAUUUCAAAGUUACAGCCUCAUGUAAUAAGUUCUAUAUAAUUAAAAAGAUUUAAGCUGCUAAAACAUUUUUAAGAGGUGACAUGCAGUAUGGGCUUAUUUUUCCCCCUUAAGUCCAAAGAUUAACCAUUAAAGGCCCCCCCCCAAAAAAAAAAAACCUUUAAAGAUUGAUUGCUUUUGCCAAUUCUUACAACCUAUAAUAAAAAGAUUGGUUAGUGUAAGGUAACAUUGGGUGUUUGUUGGUUCAAAGUAAGUGCAACCCAGGGGACUGCUUUUGCAAAAGUUGUCAUCUCUUGCAUAAUACUUUGAUAGCCUUGUUUUACCAACUGUUCAGGGGUAAAGGCUAAGUUUAACAGUUUAACCCAAUAACAAGUUAAAACCGUAGGUCAGUUAAAUUUGAAUUAUAAUAAAAAUCCUAUUUCCUAAUUUGGUACCUUUGUUUGGGUGUUUAUAACCAGAAUGGCUGUUGUAGUUCUCCAACUAAAUUUAUAUGAAAUAAUACUGCCCAAUUUAAAUAUUGGUAUCUUAAAUUCUAUAUAGUACCUAAUGUAUAGAAAACAAAUUUGAAGCAUGAAAUUUAAAAAUAAAAUUGUUUUUUCUCCCCAGUGGCUUGUUUUUAUUUUAAAAAUAUUGGUUAUGACUGCCAAAUACUCUUAGAAUGCUCAUAAUUAAUAACUAAACUGUGACAGACUGUUGGCUUGAAGUGGGGCAAGUAAUUUGCUAAUAAAGGUAUUUGGAUUAGUUUGACAGCUUAUACAAGUAACUGCCUGGAUUCCCCUCCCAGCAGUACCUACAGUUUGAAGAAAAGAAAAGGGUCACACCUGCAAAAUUUCACAAAGCUUUUGCAAGUUGAGUAAAGUAGGUUUAAUUAAUUUUUCCUCCUACCUUCUAAAAUGAUUUAGGCUUCUAGAAAAAUCCCCACAGAAAGUCUUCAAGUUGACAAGAACCCUUGUUUUAGGAAGGAUAUUUGUAUUUGUUGAUGUAUAGAAGUAUACUUAUAGCCGGGCGUUGUGGCGGGCGCCUGUAGUCUCAGCUAUUCGG